AUGCCUCAUUUGACCCAGAUUGCUGCCAGAGAAGUAAAUAGUGGUAGUGAGUUUUCAACUUAUGUUAAACCGAAGCUACCUAUAUCAGAAGGAGCACAGCAGACCAAUGGUAUUAGAAUGGCAGAUAAUAAUGUUAUGUAUGUUUCCGGAACUAUAGUAGAAACUGUAAACAUUCAAUGUGCUGUUGAAAAUUUCAUAAAAUGGCUAAAAAAGUAUAACAGAGUAGUGUUGGUGGCACACAACGGGCGGCGGUUUGAUUUUUCAGUUCUUGUUGCUGCAGUUUCUAAUGUGAAUAAGUUGGAAGAAUUUUUAGCAAGUGUUGUAGGUUGUUUGGAUACAUUACCAUUGUUUCGUAAGACCUAUUCUGACAGAAGUAGUUACAAGCAGGGAGAUUAUGUACAGGACAUUCUCGGUAUACAGUAUAAUGCCCAUGACGCUCUUGAAGAUGUGCGCGCCUAA